AUGGAAGAUGUAUGCGAGGAGUUACAAAACAUUACUAUGGAACAAGAAGAAGACAUUGAGAUUUGUUCUAUUACAGCUGUGAAUGGUGAUAACGAUUUAGAGGUUGAACCACCUUGUAUAUAUCAUCCUACGUUUGAAGAGCUGAUAAAAUCAUGAGAUGAAAGUGAAAAACAUUUGAAAAAAUAUGUCCUUGGCAUUUGGGUUUGUUUAAAGCGAAAAUCGAAAAUGAAGGGCCAUGGCAUAGUUGGGAUUCAUUAGAGAGUUUGAGCAAGACAGCAAAGUAAAAGACGAAGGCAUACUUGACAAUUUUUUCCGCCUGCAUGCACAUUAUCUUGCGCAUACUGAGUUGGACGUCACUGGUAGUUGCUCAACGUGUCUUCCCAUGUGUCACUGUUUAUGAAUACUGACCAUAAUUCUUGCCCUGAUCCAGAAGGGAACGAGGCACGAAACAAUAUCCUGUCUUUGUCCUUCUGCCUUCGUGCAGAACGAAGUUCACAACAAAUUUUGCCAAAAUAUUCGUUGUGAACGAAGGCAGAAGAACGAAGACGGGAUAUGGAUUCAUGUCUCGCUGUUUUAUCCUGAUCAGGGUAAGGAUUUGAGUCAGCGUUCACUGAAUAGCUAGCCAUGAAUCUCUAAUGUGUCUUCACUCCUGAACCUAACCUCAGAAUGCGCAAGAUAAUGAGCAAGACAGGCAAAAAUUGUCAACCACGUCGUUGUUGUCCGACUUCGUUCUCUUGCUCAAACUCUCUAUUAUCGUUUUUUAGAUCAAAGUGUUCAAGCUAUAAUUAUAUAUAUGCAUGUGUAUCCAACCAUAAUACCAGUAUCGCUACGUUUUAGAAAGACAAUACAUUUGAAUAGCGAUAGUCGAUCAAUGUUUAGAUGGUAAUAAAAUAUCGUGGUAGAGAAAACUAAUUGGUUUGGGUGUUAUAAUGGAUAUAGUGAAAUUGUAAGGUGUAAAUUUGACGAAGCAUUAACAAGAUAUGUUGAACUGUAUUAUAAACAUUUGGACAAUAUUUUUAAAAAGUGUGACAAAAGUGCGUUGUGUGUGAUGUAAUGUAUAUAGUAACAGAUCAUAAAGAUGAGUAUUUUACAAUCCAUCGCUGCCUAUACAUAUUAACUAUUGCAUAUUUGCUAGUUACCAAAUAUGGUCAUAUUGACUUUUCAACACAGGAUUACAAGUAUUCUUAUUUGGAAAAAAUAACUGCUGUUACAAAGAAAGUUUGUGAAUUUAUUCAGGGUAAUAAAGCAAAGGAAUUUUUAACGUUGUGCGGUUUGUUUGUGGGUGUGACCUAUAUGUUGUUUAAAUUGGUGUCUUCAACACUAGAUUUCAUUUCACGUCUCACAUCUUAAUAAGCAAAAAUGGCUCAAGAAAAUGUUGAAGUCAUUGAAAUGUACGAAAAACACAACGCUACCCACCUUAAGGAAUUGGGUAGUUAUGCUAAUAGAACAAAAAAAAUUUUUAUGGUAUGAACGAUAUUGUCAAAAGUGUUGCUUAGCGUCAGCUAUACCAACCAGUACAGGUAAAAAAACCUGUACAAAAUGAAAUUUGCAAUUAGUUUUCACAAGUUGAUUGUAGUAUAUGAGUGUUUAGCAAAAGCUAAAAAAGGUGGCACGCAUCAUUUUGUAAUAUCUGAGGGUGAAGAUUGGAAAAAGAACCCCUAUCGGGUGGUUUAAAGGACAGCAAAUAUGGUGGUUUGAUCCUCUGCCGUUUGAAUCGUGAAACACCGUUGGACGAUGUGGUCGGUGAUGUGCCCGAAGGCGACGAAGACCCUGAUAUUACCGAAACGACCUUGGAAUGUACAGAAAACAUGUCCACCCCCGAUGAUUGGACCAAGGCUUGGGCAAAAUUUUAUAUCUCAAAGAAUGAAGAUUGGGGUCAUGUGGCAAAAGUACUGAAAACCUUCAUUCAAGAAAUUCAACAUGAAAUAAAUGUUGAUGAUGAAUCAGUUAUUCCACCAGCAACCACCACCACCCAAACCUACCACUAGCAGCACCCCACCCUUCAAAGACAACACCAAAGUUCUCUCGAAAGUCCCAUCGAAAAUCGCUUAACUGCCCAAAAAAGGAAAAACGGCAAAAACAGCAGUGAAAUGUAAACGUGUUGGGCUUGAUUCGGAUGACGAGGUAUGUGUAUACGAACUGAAAAAUAGUAUAGCGAAGUUAUUAAAGUGUAUGCUUGAACACCAUGCAACAAUAACAUUUGAUGAAGCUGUAAUAAAAUGUAACAUCAAAUACGAAAAAACCACAAUUUUGAAAUUCUUCGACAGUUUAGUGGUAUGAUUGAACAUACUAAUCAGAGACUUUACAAUGUUAGCAUAUCGGGUAAUGUGUCACCAUUUGUUAUAUGUGAAGCUAUUCUUUCUUUUUAGACUCGAAAAGCAAUGUCAUGUGUUAUAGCUAUUAUGUAUCAAAAUGAUAUAACUGCAAAAGAAGCUGUUUUAUCAUAUAGAAAGGAAAUGGAAGAAGAGUUUCCAUAUGACUAUGUAGAAUUAAUUAAGGAGGGUGAUGAUAUAAAACUAGAUGAUAUAUAUAAACAAAUGGUAAAUAAAAAUCUGUUGUGUUGAUUUUUUAGUCAUAAAAGAUGAGGAAACGUUGUGAAAGAAAGAUUGACAAGGAACUGAUUAAAAAAUCAUCAUGUUUAUUGAACAAUUAAAUAAACAACAAAAAGAAGCGUACUUGCUACAUAGUCGAAAAUUAACAUGUUAUAAACGUUUAGGUAUUAAUAUAUAUAAACGUAAUGCACAAUGGAGUAUUGAUUUAGCAGAUUUAAAUAAUUUAUCAGGAUUUAAUAAUCAAUAUCGAUAUCUACUUGUGUGUGUGGAUGUUUAUUCUCGUUAUGCGUUUGUGAAACCGUUGAAAAUGAAAUCGCCAUGAAAUGGCCAAUAAAUUUGAAGAAAUUCUAAUUGAAGAGAACGAAAUACCGCAAAAAAUACAAAGUGAUGAGGGUACCGAAUUUGCGUUGCUGAAAAGGGAUUUGUCUAAAAAAUAUGGUUUUACACUCUUUCAUACCUAUAAUCGAGAAACAAAAGCUGUGCACGCUGAACGAUUUAUUGACACUAUUAAAGCGAUGAUAAGUUGUUCAAUAACGACUCUUGAUCAGGGCUACAAGUAUAUUAAAAAAUCUUCCAUUCAUUGUUGAAUGGUAUAAUGAAUCCCCACACAGAGGUUUAUAUAAUUUAACACCUUUUGAUGUAUAUAAGAAAGGUAAAGUACUGGAUGCUUUUCAAAAACUAAAAAGCAUUCUUAACAACAGCACUCCAACAUUAGGGCUUUUGAAACAGGGUACUAUUGUACAAAUAGCACGAGUAAAAAAUAAUGUUUUUGAAAAAUCAAGUUUACAUCGUUGGGUAAAAGAGCGAUUUCAUAUUAAAAAAGUGUACAUUGCCGAUCCUGUAACCUAUAUGCUCGAAGACUUAAAGGGAAAGGAGAUCAAGGGUAUAUUUUAUCAUCGAGAACUACAGACAAUAUGAAUUUGCAAAUUGUAAGUAAUGCUAAAAAUCAAGUUGGUGGUACAAAUUAUACCAAUGAAUUUGUAAUGCCUUUACCCACUCUCUUGGAUGCUGAAAAUAAAGAGAUGUUUAUGCGUGUUUUGAAUAUAUCGUAUCCGUUGACUAUUGAAAAUGUGCAAAAGGAACAUUGUGGUAUCUGUAUUAAACUUAGUUUCCCGACCACUUCUGAUUCCAGUAUAGAGGUUAAAUAUAGAACCAAUAUGAUGUAUAUUCCUGCAGGUUAUUACACUUUGGAAAAAUUAAUACAUGUUAUAAAUUAAUAUGUAGAUGAAUACGAUGUGAAUUUUAGAGUUCUACACGGUGGUAGAAUUGGUGUCACCUAUAAUAUCAAGCGGGAGUAUUGGUUUUCAGAUGAAACCAUUAGAGUACCAACACGUAUUCUAAACAAAUCUUUCAAGUAUUUUCUCAAACAACCAAGGAGGGUGACGAAUUACAGAAACAUUGCAGUAUAUAUUAGGCAUGUCGAAAAUAAGAGUGCACCUCUUGGUAGAGGAUUACAAAAAAAAUUAUUACGCUUGUACACGUUAAACUUUUGAUAAGUUCCUAACUUCCUGUUUCAUUGACCAACGAGAACUCAAUUGUUGGAGAUUACACAUGGAAGAUUACUUGCAAUGGUACCCUUAAAACCCGAAGAUCGAGGAAACGGUUCAUUAUGUAAGUACACACCACCGGCUAUCAGACAUAAAUUAAUUAAAAGUAGAAUCAACCAAUUUAAUAUCGGUUUAUAUGAUACAACACAUACAUUAAUACCAUUCAGCGGUGGUACUGUUAAUAUCGAGUGUGUGGUGAAGGAUAAAAUGUUCAGGAUAAAAUGUUCAGGAUAAAAUGUUCAGGAUAAAAUUUCGAGUUCCGACAACUUCGGAUAAUAGACCUCCAGAUCUUGUACCUAUCGAAUAUAAAUACACAAAUGGUGUUGUUUCAUCUGAAUACUUGACGGGCAAAAAAUCAUAUUUACGCCGUCCAAACACACCGGUAUUGCAGGACAUUUUUGUAUAUAUACAUCUAGAAAAUUUGAUUACUCAACUAAGUUAACCGGUGCAGAAAUUAACGAUAAAAAGGGGGUAUUUUAUGAGGGUAAAGAUUAUAAAUAUGCUCUGCUUCGUUUUAAAUAUACACAUCAUUAUUAUACUUUGCGAAAACGUCUAUUAUUUAUUACAAACAGUGAGAGUAUAUCAAAACAAUUGGUACUGCAAUAUUUGAUUAAUGUAAAUAAUGUUGGCAAAUUAGAUAAAACAGUAAAAUUUUCGAUAAUAUUUUAUGCCACAGGAGAUUUAGUUAAAUAGAUAUAAUGAAAGUUGAUAAUUCAUUUUUUGGAUUUACAAUGGACAAAGACGCAUAUGUAAAAUUAUUGAAAGGUGGUGGUCAACAAUAUAAAAAACGGGUUUAUAUAUCUUACCAGGCAAAGCAGCAACUGUUGAAGAGCAUGCUGCAGGUAAAAUUUGUGCACCCCCUAAACUAAAUCCCGAAUACGGUGUGAACCCUAAAAUACAAAGAGUUGGAAAAAUAACUCCAAAAUCACAAUCGGCAUCACGUCAGCAAAAACCCGAUAUACAUUCCGACGUAUUACGAUUAAUUUAUGGGGGUUGGUAA